AGAGACGUAAGACGGAAAAGAUGAAAGGACAGGAAAUGGAUUUAGGUGAUGAAAUGGGAGAAGGAAGUUAUGAGCAUCUUCAACCUAAUCCAAUGGUCGAACCUUAUCGUCCUGUUGGAAGUUUUGUCGCUCCUCCUGGUGUUUUGGAUUCACAAUCAUAUUCCGAAAUUCAAUCUCAGACACAAACACAAUCUCCAUCAGAAUCACAAUUCACUCCACAAUCCCCUAGACGUCAGACCACUUUAACCGACUACACAUCCACACAUCGUACUUCUGCCGGAUUCGCAGGACUUGGAGCAGGUCUACCUGAAUGGUCUGAUCCGAUCGAUUCAACAGCGGGACCAUUACCUACUAAGAAUUCACUUUCUGUUCGAACCCCAUCAGGUCAAUCGUCAGAACCCAGGACUCCAACGGGGAUGAGAGUUGUCAACCAUGAUUCACCUGAUUCGUUGCCUGUCACACCUAAUAGAGUCUCACAGGUAUCUCCUCGAGUACCAACAUUUAGAAGACACGAAGAUGCUGGGAGGGUAGAGAUGAGGGAAGAUAUAGUGGAUUUACCUCCUUUGUAUACUGAUGUACCUAGGGAUGAUAUACCGGGUUGAGUAAGAAGAUGCAUUGUUGAAUUCAUUG